GUCCCUCGGCGACCGGAGAGGAUAGAGGAAGCUUAGGUUUUUUUGUGGAUCACAACACCAAGUGUUGACAACCAGCGAUGGCGAUGCAAGCUGGAAUUGGCGCUUCUAGGAUUCUCAUCUUAGUUGGAGCUGGGUAUACCGGUACGUUCCUGUUCAAGAACGGUAAAUUAUCUGAUAUAUUGGGCGAACUUCAGAAUUUGGUGAAAGGUAAUGAAAAACAAGGAGAUGAAUCCAAUGGUGACUCCGACUAUGCAGAUGCCAUAGCACAACAGGUUCGUCGGUUAGCGAUGGAGGUCAAACAGUUGGCCUCAACACGACAGAUAACUGUUCUGAAUGGGAAUUCUGCUGGUAACUUGACAUCUCUUGUUGUACCAGCUGCUGCCUUAGGGGCCUUGGGUUAUGGAUACAUGUGGUGGAAGGGUCUUUCAUUCUCAGACCUUAUGUACGUGACAAAGCGUAAUAUGACAAAUGCUGUUUCAAACAUGACAAAACAUCUGGAGCAUGUGUCCGAGGCGCUUGCUGCAACAAAGAGGCAUUUGACACAGCGAAUUGAGAACGUGGAUGGAAAACUAGAUGAGCAAGUGGAGCUAUCAAAGUCAAUUAAUAAUAAGGUUAAUGAUGCACGUUCUGAUCUUUCUCAAAUUGGCUACGACCUGGAUACAUUACAGAGUAUGGUUUCUGGUUUGGAUGGCAAGAUGAUGUCAUUGGAAGACAAGCAGGAUCUUGCAAAUGCUGGCGUGUUUGUCUUGUUGAACCUUGCUGAGGGAAGAAAAGUAAAAAUGCCUAAAUUCCUUCAGGAACAAGUUGAACACUAUGGCAAGUGUGGUGGUUAUCUCCCAUCUUCUCAAUCACAGAGUCUCAAGGGUCUUAAGGAUAUUGCAGGCUCUUUACCAUCAUUUGAUACCCAUAGAUCAAUAACAGAUGGCAUUGUGCAAGACAGCAUCGAUAAGUUGGAUGAUCGACCAAGAACCCUGAUGAGGACGGCUUCAAUCAAGUGUUGAUUUGGACGUUCAAAAGGAUGUCAUGUGGCUUUUCUUUUUAGCGUAUGCCAGUGGAGGUGGAAGAUUCCUAUCUUCUAAUAAUGAAGUCUUGGAUCGUAUGUUUGGUUACUAAAUUGCUAGUGUAGGUUACAGAGCAAAUCAAAGUUCUUUGUUUUUAUGUUAAAUCGUCGAUUCUUAACAUGUCCUUAUAUGAUGUUCUUUUUGAAUAUUCAAUUAUGUACAUGUAUUAUCAAG